AUGAUGUCUUUAAUUUUUGAUUUAGGUAAAAAGCUGACCUCUGAAAUACAUAACAGCAAGCAAGAGGAAAUAAAAACGUUGAUAAAAAAAAGAGAAAAGAAAGUCGCACACCAAUCGUUACAUCAUGUUAACAAUUACAUUGACGAACUAAAUCAAAAUAAUAAAAAUGAAAAUCUUUUAAUUGCAGAAGUUCAAAACGAUUGGCAGCUUGUAUAUUAUGGCGAUGUUGUUUUGAAAACUGGUUUAAAUAAUGAACUGAUUAGGCAUAAUUUUUUAACAGGUAUAAAAGACAAAGUUGGUACUCAGUCUAGUAACAAAGUUAACAAUUUUUUUCAAUUAGUCAACGCUACUAAAGAAAUAGCUACAACACCUUCUUUGCCUCUAGUUACUAAUAAUAUUAUAGCCAAAGAAAAAAAUGUAUUUAAUGGGGAUACACAAGAGAGUAAUAUAAUAAACACUGAGAUAAAAAGCGUCAACAAUGGGUUUGAAGAUUAUUUAUUUGCUAAUAAUUAUACUGAAAAACAUAAUAAAAAUGUCGAUAGUGUUUUUAUUUGUUUCAGUUCAAAUUCUAAAAUAGCUUUGAAUAAAUUUUUUGUAGCAGGUAAAGCAUAUAACGAGGACUUGUGUGGAGAUGGAAAUAAAACUAUUGGCACUUUGUAUCAACAAGAAACUAAUAAUAUUUAUGAUAUUGAUAAGAAUGUUGGGAAUAAUGAAAGUAGUGUUGCUGAGUUCUCGACAAGAAUUUAUCCACGGUCCUAUUACUAUAAGCUUAUUCGGUAUCAGCGAAAUAGUGUGUUAAGUAAUAAUGGUACUAAAUUAAUUAAUGAUUUUCUGAAAUUAAGAGGUUUAAGUAAUUAUGAUAAACAAAUUACGGAAAGACAAAAUAAUUAUUACAGCAAAUAUAAUAAUAAUACCAAGGAUUAUAAUUAUACAUUUGAUUUAAUAGAUAAUGAUGAUUCAAGUGGUUUUUAUUUUACAAGAGAUGAGAAAACUGUUAGAUGUCAAAAAAUGAGGUUCAGGCAAAAGUAUAAACAAAUACAUACUAGAUUAAGACUUAAAUAUUGA